AUGACAAAACUCCAAUUACAUGAUAUUAGUCUUCUCGACAAAUACACAUGUAUGUAUGAAUCAUAUUUGUAUGAUAUUCCACAGAGAAGCGAAUAUGUGCAAUGGAUAUCUGCUUAUCUCAUGAAAAUUCCAAUUAUUGGAGAAACCUGUACAGACAGAUGGAAAAAAGAAGCUACUGGAGAAAUCCAGCAAACAAGUCUUUCUUAUGCAACAAAAAUUUCAAAAGAAGAAAUUGAUAGAAUCUGUCAAGACAUAUAUAAACAACAAAAGCUUAAAACAAUAAGCAAAGAUUGUUGUCGCAUUCUCUCUGAUUUCAAAAACUUUGAUAUUGGAAAGAAAAUUUAUACUAAGAAAAAGUAUACAAACAAAAAGAAAUACAAAUCUUUUUGGAAAAAGAAAAGAAGAAAAUUUUCACCAGGAAAAUACUUCAAAAAACCUUCAAAAGAAACACCUAAGAAGACUACUUCCUGUCCGCAAGGAAAGAAAAAAUGUAGGUGUUGGAUCUGCAAUGAAGAAGGACACUACGCCAACGAAUGUUAA